UUGGAAUCCCUGUGAUGUCACCAGUAUCGUUGUGACAACCAAUUCCCUACUUUUUCUCUUAGUGUCCAAAGGAUAUAUCCACAGGCAUGUUUGCCCGUCUUCUCAGGCACUUUGGGAGAGUUGAUGUUGAUAGAGAAGAGUCUAGAGUGAAGCAAACGAAACCUAAAGCGGCCUGCAGACAGACGUCAUCCCCUGAAAAUGUCCUAAACAAGGUGCAGGCCAACGAGGAAGAGGAGAGGCUGAAUAGAGAACUGGAGCUAACUACCAAGGAGAGAAAUGAGCUGACAGAUCGCCUCCUUUAUGUGACAGGUGGAUCCAUGAGCAAGAGCCCCUACUUCAGGCCAAAUCCAUUUUAUGAAAACUUGAAAAUAAAGGAGAAAGAGGUCAUGUCAUUACUGCACAACUUAGACACAAAGAACAUUGAACAUCGUGAGAAAUUUCAGAAGCUCGAGAAGGAGAUUAACUUCUAUCACAACCUGCACAGCCGGCUCCUGAUGGACCAGGCAUGUAUGAAGAAGAAGUUGGUCACAUUGAAGCAGGAGAGCAAGGAGUUACAGCGAUAUUUGUUUGAGUUGAACCCGAAUAAUGAAGACGAACAGGAGAAUACCAGCAACCUCCAGACCCAGCAAAAUGUGGUCUCAGGAACUGCAGGAGACAUGGCAUAGGACGGAUCCCAGGAAGACAGCCCCCUGAGGAAUGAGUUUCUCUCUCAUGAGUUCCCUGUGACGACAAUCCUCACAGUCAAAUACUUUUUUUGGGUGAAUAUUCUUCUUCUCAGAUAAUUUCCUCAAUGUUUAGAGACCCUACAUUUAUGUAUCCGUAUGCCAGCCUGUCUGGUUGAGGUCUUUCUCCUUUCUCAUACCGACAACACCAUUUGAGAGACAUCUGAGGGGACUGCUUGAUGUCUUGUCCUAGAGGAGAAACAGCACUACAACUGUGUUUCUAAAUGUUCAUUAAGAAAAUGCUGUUAAGAAAUGUUUUUGGUUAUGAUUUUCAUUGAAGUUUUCUUUUUGUUAUUUCAUAGUUAUAUAUUCUUGUUACUGUUUUUCAUUUUUAUACCAUUUUAGUUGUUCAUUUUAUGCCUGUUUUUUGUAAAUUGUAUUCCUUAUGAAUAAAAAUUGAUUUGUAA